GGUAGCAAUUAAUUUAACUUGCCAAUGGCAUGUGCAGUUGGAAGUAUAUAUUAUUGUACUGUAUCAUCGAUCUCAAACAUUUGACUUCGCUUUCACCCCACGUGCAUAUGGAGGUAUAAUCACGAACAAUCCUGAAGUAAGCUACUUGAGAACUUUCGUAGAGGAUUGUACAGCAGUGAAAAGUAUGGCGACGUGGGAAGGCGAGAAAUUUCGUGAGAUCGAGAAUGCCGAUAAUAUUGAAGGAAAUUUUGAUAAUAUCCUCGUGACGCAUGAUCUCCAAGAUUGCUUGGACGACAGUUUAGAUUUAACAAGUUUUGGGAAGGUGUACGAACAGAGUGCUGUGUUUAAUUAUGAAAACUAUUCAGAUGACAAUACUCUUAUUGACGAAAGGCUAUCUAAUGACAAUACCACAGAGUCAACACAUCAAAUAAUUAGUCCCCAUGAAAUUUAUAUGCGUAUCCAUUCUGGUGAAGAUGAUGUCCCAACAAUUGAAUCAUCCUAUAUGGCUAUCGAUGUCAACAGCACAGUUCGAGAUGGAAAUCAAAAGCAGAUUGGUCGGUACACUUGUGAAUAUGAAGGCUGUACUAGGACCUACAGUACAGUUGGCAAUCUACGAACCCACAUGAAAACACAUAAAGGCGAGUAUCGAUUUAAAUGUGCAGAACCAAGUUGUGGCAAGGCCUUUCUCACGUCGUACAGCCUUAAGAUUCACAUUAGGGUACACACAAAAGUGAAACCGUUUGAAUGCAACCACAAAGGUUGUGAAAAAGCAUUCAAUACCCUUUACAGACUGAGAGCCCACCAAAGACUUCACAGCGGCAACACGUUUAACUGCGAGGAGAUUGGAUGCGUUAAAUUCUUCACUACUUUAAGCGAUCUCAAAAAACAUAUUCGUACUCAUACUCAAGAAAGACCUUACAAAUGUCGAGAAAAAGGGUGUGGUAAAGCUUUUACAGCGUCGCAUCAUUUGAAAACUCACAAAAGAACGCAUACAGGGGAACGACCUUACGUGUGUUCUUUUGGGAACUGUGAGCGAUCCUUUACCACACCGCAUAGCUUAAAAAGUCAUUUGAAAACUCAUAAAAGGAUGACCAACAAAGAUGAUACGAAAGUUGAAGUCCACCAUGAUAAGUACAUAAACCAAAGAAACAAUGAGAUAUUAAAGACGGAAAUCGAUGUUGAAGAGAUAACAUCGAGGAACACAAACGUGCCAUCUUACGCCAUAAUACCAUUAUCUACUAGCAAUACACAAAAUAAAGAAGAUAUGGUGUUCUUAUCUAUUGGAAGUUCGAACGAUCAGUCAACUACAAACUAUAUGAUUAAAGAACUUAAUUAUAAUAUUACUAGUAAGGAAACAGAGAGUAUAGAUAAAUCCACAGAGAUUAAUCUGCUUACAUCAGAUAAUAUACUAAACAAUUUUACUGCACACGCGAUCGAUCAUUUUAAUAAUCAUGAAAGCUAUGAUAAAUUUAAAAUAUUCACUGAGAUGGAUGAUUCAGAUAAAAAACAGCGAUAUACUUCGAAUUCUUCAAAAGAAAUUCGGGAUGGCAAGUCAACUAAUGUAGUAAAGUCUAAUUCGAUAAAUUUGGAGCAAAAGAUUAUACAAGAUGGCUUGCAAAAUACUAUAGAGCAUAUCUCGAAAGAGACAAAUUUCACGAGCGGCGUGCAGAAGUAUGAAAACGAGGAAGCUUAUAAUAGCGUCGACAGUGAAAGAAAUGCGACUCUAUAUACCACCGACCCUAUUGCUAGUCACGUAUCAAAUAUAAUUAGUUCUUCCGACGAGACCCAAUUAUUUGAGAACGAGAUAGAAAAUCUGCCAUAUAUCAAUGACAGUUUACGAACUGGAUCUCUUAAUGAAGUAGAACAUUCACUGAAUUCUGACGUUAUCACAACUGCCCAAUCGGCAGCAAUCGAACUGGCGAUAGCGUCUGAGGAAGAAAUACCGUCUCCUUGGACAGACGUUAUUGCAUUGGCAACUCCAUCCGCAUUGAGGAGACAAUCCUGGUCAGAAUUGAAUGCCUUCCCGACAGCAGUUCACUCGUUAGUCGAUCUAGUUGAACCAGAACCCUAUCCGUUGCAAAUAGAAAAUCAGUUAGAACCAUUACAGCAAGUAGAAAAUGUAAAUUUAGUAAAUACGGAGAGCAUUAACAACGAUGUCACUCGGUGUCAGCAGAAACGGAACGAGGAAGCAAGUGGGGAAACACGAAAGAGUAGAAAUAUUUUGCAGGAAAUUGCAGCCGACGCAGAUAUAUGCAAAUGUACCGAUCACCAACGAAAUUGCUCAAACAACUCGAGUUCGAUUCCCGAGAUCAGUAAAAAGCAGACGUCAUCGAAAGUGGUAGACGAUUUCGUGUCUUGUUUCCAAACGGAAUGUUCGUGCGAGAAUGUCACCGGUGGUUGUGGAUCUUGUUGUGUUGUGAUUUGUUUAAAAUCGUUGCAACAGUUGCAGAGAGUGUUCAACUGCUGCAAGAGUACUAACAACGUAACGCGUUGCAGGGAGCAGUUGUUACCUUCGUUGACGCAAUGUCAAUUAACGAAAAACCAAUGAAGCAAAUUUUAAUUUGUAACUAGUCAUACUAAAGGAAACAUAUUUUUACAUAAAUAUUCAGUAAGGAUUUAUUUAUCGCGAUGAAUAGGCGAGUCUGCCUAGUUUUACAUGCAAAUGCACUUUUAAAGUUUAGAACAAAUUGAGAGUAUGGGACUGUAUAUACCUGUACUAUAUUCUUUGUUGCAUAGAUAGAAUAUGUAAAGUUAUUAUGUUUUAAAGUGUGCCAAUGUAUUUGUAGUUUUUUUACUUACAAACUUUUAAUUGUACAUCACUGUUGCAUAGUUUAUAGAGAAAAUGUAUUGUUAGAUCGUGUCGAAACAUAGCAAUCUAUUGUCCUAUGGACGUAAUAUUUAUGAUAUGCGUGAAUAUAGAAAUGUAUUUUCAGAAGAAAUUUGUUACUUGUAUAUUAUAUAGAUGGGUAUAAUAUAUUUUUAAUAUAAAAUCAUUUUAAUGGUAGUACAAUAUUUGGAUGCAAUAUAUGUCAGAGACAAGAAUACUUCUGCCUGCGUGCAUUAAAACAAUACUACUAAUAUUUGAAACCAUCAA